ACUGGGGCUGGCAAGCGUGUGCCCAGAGCAGUGUUUGUGGACCUGGAGCCCACCGUGUCGAUGAAGUGCACAGGGACCCACAGGCAGCCCUUCCACCCGGAGCAGCUGAUCACUGGGAAGGAAGAGGCAGCCAGUAAUUACCCCAGAGGCCAUUGCCCCAUUGGCAAGGAGAUGGUCGACCUGGUCCUGGACUGGAUCUGCAAACUGGUGGGCAUCAACUACCAGCCCCCCAGCAUUGUCCCUUGGGGUGACCUGGCCAAGGUGCAGUGGGCCAUGUGCAUGCUGAGCAAUGCCACCGCCGUUGCCAAGGCCUGGGCCUGCCUGGACCGCAUGGAGGAAGGAGAGCUCUCUGAGGCCCGGGAGGACCUGGCAGCUCUGGAGAAAGACUAUGAAGAGGUGGGUAUGGACUCCAUGGAAGCCGAGGCUGAAGCAGGGGAAGAGCACUGGCCAGCAGGAGCUGAGAGCAGGGGCUCCCCAGGGGCCAGAACAGCGUGGGGGCUUCUGGAUUACAAAACUGAGAAGUGGGCCCUCCUUGCCAAAAAAGGCUACCAGGAGCAGGCCCUGGACCCUCAGGUUUCUUUCAUCACCAAACUCAAAGGGGUUUCUGUGACCCAAAAGGAGCUGGGGAACCGGCUGUGGGACAUGGCUGACUCCAUGAAGCCACCACAUGGAGAGAACGUGCUCUUCUUGGUGACCAAUUUCCUUGUGAUGCCAGAAGGAGUUCAGGGCAGAUGUCCAGAGGAGCUGAAGUGGAUUCAGCAGCAGUGGAGCCACAGGUGGGCUCAGGGGAGGGCCCCCUCCAUCCCACUCGGGACCUGCUGGGUUGACAAGGACUGUCUUGAAGGGGAGGCGGGGACGCACAGUCAUGGCAUCAAAACGGGCCAGUGUGUGAUCUUCAAUGGGACCCACAGGACCUGUGAGAUCUGGGACUGGUGCCCCGUGGAGAAUGACACUGUGCCUGUGAAGCCCCUGCUGGUCCAGACUGAGAACUUCACCCUGUUCAUCAAAACCACUGUCACCUUCAGCAAGUUCAGCUUUUCCAGGUCCACUGCCUUGAAGACCUGGGACACCACCUAUUUCAAGUGCUCCCACUGGGACCCAUACUUCAGUCCCUAAUGCCCUGUGUUCUACAUCGGGAACCUCAUGGCCAUGGCUGGAGGGGUCUUUGAGGACCUGGCAUGUUGUGAUGCGCUGUGUGCAGGGCGGUGCUGUGGCAUCCACGUCCACUGGGAUUGUGACCUGGAUGCCGGGGGCUCCGACUGCCGGCCCCACGACUCCUUCCAGCUGCAGGAGAGGAGCUCCAACUUCAGGACAGCCGCUCACGGCGGGGAGGCCUCAGGCGUGGAGGCCCGGAGCCUGCAGCUCUGUAGGGUCCACUUUGACAUUCUGGUCACUGGGCAGGCAGGGAAGUUGGGGCUCAUCCCCACAACCCUCACUCUGGGCACUGGAGCAGCCUGGCUGGGUGUGAUCACCCCCUUCUGUGACCUGCUGCUGUUGUACGUGGAUGGAGAAGCCCAUUUCUACUGGAGGACCAAGCAUGAGGAGGGGGCUGCGGGCCUGCCUGACCCUGGCUACACUUUGGAGGAUGCAGACAGGUGGCUUCUCCAUCCCCACAUCCAGCUGCCCAUGUGCCUUAGAGGAGGCCCAGCACCUGUCCCCACUGCUGCUGCUGGGAGCUGGACACUGUCACCAGGGUGGCCCUGGGAGAGCCCCUGCCCUCUCAGCUGCUCUGCACUGGGGUCUGUGCAGCCAGAGUUCAAGGCCAGGGAGAAGGCAGCAUGA